CAGGAUGAAAUGGUACGAACGAUCAUUUUGGAACAUUCCAUUCGCAGAGCAUUUCAUUACUUUACAGAAUGGAACCUUAUCAGUAUGAUUCAAAUGCAGCGGAUGCUUAUUGGAUAUCGUUGCUAUACGGUGACUGGGCGACGUUGGAAAAAAAGCCAUGCAAAGAAGAAGUCGGGCUAGUUUUGUCGUUUGCCAAAAAAAUCGAUGGCCCCGCCUUGGUUGCAAUAUCAGAGCUUCGAACUGUCAUAACCAGCCAGAACAGUGACAGGUCGAAUGGCCGUUUGGGUAGCUUAGACGAGGUACUUGCGUUGGACAGAGAGUUUUGGCCAUCUAGGACUGGUCAGAACCAGGCGUGGAGCCAGGCCAGCGUUCCCAGUAAAGUGGAACGCUUACGAGCGCAAGUACUGAAGUUUUAUGCCGGCAGCGACAUCAGCCGACAGAAUGACGAUGAAACGCUUAACACAUUAUGUACCAAUACGCUUUUUGAAUUUGUCGUGGGGUUGUUCAAAGGCACCGUCUCCUUACCCAUGUUCCGACUCUACUACACGUCGCUUCCUCGGUACAAAAGUAUCAUGCAAGAACUUUACAAAAGCUCAUAUGGGAUUGACCGAGAUCGGGAAUGGUUUGUCCGACCAUUGGAAUUCAAUCAUUAUUUCGAUGAUACCACAGUGGACUGGAAUUUUUUUCGCGGAGAAGUCAGCUUGCUUCCCAAACUGAAUGAUAUCGUACGCGUGCUUUCGUUGAGUGUCAAGGAGAAGGGCAGUCGAUCUUCGGUUGCACCGGGCAGUAUUAUUUUCAUCAAAGGGUAUCUGCGACAAUGGCGUAUUUUUAAGAAGCAACUGGAAAGAGAUCGGCAAAUGCUAUCGUACUAUGGAGCGUGGCUCUACAUUUGGGACGCUCUUGUGGUCAAAGAGCAAGAUUUUCAAAUGGCUGUCAAACAUGGACUUUUGGACAAUCGGGACGCUUUUGGAACCGGCUAUUAUACUUAUGACAAUUUCGAACGGCUCGUAAGGUCGUACCGCACUAGGCCAGAUGCUGUGGAAGAAUCCAUCUAUCAAUUUGUCCGUAACUUGAAUGAAGAAUAUUACAUUGCUAACAAGUUUCUUCAAAAGCCUAAUCUCGAAGAUGAAGUCUGGUUUUCCAAAAUUGGCAUCUUUCAUCCUUCGAUCCAUAUGAACGAUCGCCGGCGAAAAGAGAGUAUUGAGAGAGCACAGUGGGCUUACUCAGUUGCAUCGAUGCAUUCCAAUAACAAAUUUGCACUCCCGUUUAUUGGAUCCGUCAUCAAUCGAGGCAACGCCGAUGGAGGGCUAGAGCAGUUCUUGAAUCCCGUUCAGCGAUUCCAAGCAGCUAUCAUACUAUGCGAGAGAAACUAUCCUAACACCAUUCAAGCGAUUCAGAACUGUCAUAGUGCUCUAAAGUCCAACAACAGCAAAGAUGCUGUCAAAUAUGCCGAUGACUGCCUGACGGGUUUGUUGGACUCGUUCAAGGUAAUUUACGACAAUCACUCCUCGCCCGGAGAGAGUGUGAUUGAAUGGGAAGAACUUAAUCACACCACCAAUAAGACGUACAUGACGCUCAAGAUGCCUACAGUCUACAAGCUAAAGAAGGCCGACUUCUUCAUCUCUGCGCAGUUUCCAACUGAUUAUAACAUUCGUGAACCGGUUAUGAUCAACGUGGACGAGAUCUCCAUGUUCCCUUUACGUCGAGAGGCAUUACAGUGGUGUUCCAUGCAUUUGGAAGGCAAUAUGUACUUUGAGCACCUGAAACAACUGUACCUUCAUAUGAUUCCGGACAAGGAGUCGUUCACAAUCGCCGAUGACGAUUUAAUUCUUCAAGGCUUUACGUGGGAUCAAUGGCGGUCACUGUUGACUGAAAAGGAGUCAACCAUGCAAGUGCCGUUGUAUGUGCUCCACAACUGCGAAAAGGUGCUAAGAAGCUUUCACAGUUUCUGGGGCAAUCUGAAGCGAGAUAUGAGUACGAAGCAAAUUUACGAUCCUGCUACGCUCUACAUCGGUAUCUUCGGAGCCAUCCUUGCUACCACGCAAAUGUUUUCCAUGAUCAUCGCUAUCAUUCAAGUUUUGCAAGCUAGCAAUAUUAUCCAUCCCGUGUCUCCUGCCGCAGCCUCAUAAUGGGG